GAUCUUGACAUUGGCGCCAAGAACAUGAAGCUUUAUGUCAAUAAAAAUCUCAUCUUCGAUGGCACGUUGGACAGAGGGGGUGGAGAGGGGCCGGCUGACCUGAGCGUCCUGGUUGGCCCGAGGAACGAGAAGGAGGGAAGAAUGGAGAGGGCCCCCUCGGGAGAAAGAGAUGCCUGCAAGAUGGUCGGCACAGAUCGGGAGUGUUCCCAGCCAGCGGGAGCAGCGGUAGAUGUGAAGGUUUCUCUUCAGGGAAAGUCGUUUGGUGAAAAGAUGAGUCCUCCCCGUUGCAGGAAAGACAAUUUGUCCAAGUUAAACGAAGACACGAGCUUAAUAGCGGCGCCAGCCUCGAUGGGCGGCAUGCCCUGGGCUCCCCCCCUCCGCCCAGCUGUGGAAUGCCCUCCCCUUGACCCAGAGCUCUCUCUGAUCCAACAGCUGGAAAACCUCACAGGCAGAAAAGCCUCCGAGACACCAGCAAAGACCCCAUCCUGGCUGCAACCUUCCGCCACAGGGCAGGGCAGGAAGCAGGGGGUCAGGAAGCCAAAACCCCUCUGGCUGAGUCCUGAGAAGCCACUGGACCGGGAAGGCAGGCUUCCGCCAGAUGACCUCAUUGACCCCCGGGAGGGUCCUCAAGAGGCCGAGCUCGGGGACAAAGGCCCCCGGCGUGAGCAAGGGCAAGCGAGCAGCUGGAAUGUCGUCGCUGGGGAGAGAGUCCAGAAAGUGACCCCCACAGUCUGUGACGACUUCGACAUCUUUAAUCAGCCCUCCAACAGAGAGCACCCUGCCAGUGGGAGGAGGGGCCCGAGGAAGGACGCCCUCAGCAGCGGUCCCAGUGACACCCAGCCACCCAGCAGAGAAGAUGCCCGGUCCACCCAGACGCCACCCCGGCCCCGCAGGUGCAGUGAGCAGGACCACACGCUGCAUGAGUCCUGGGACUCCCUCAGUGCCUUUGACCGCUCCCACCGGGGACGCAUCUCCAACCUGGAGCUGCAGGGGGAUGUCCUAGACGAGUUCCUGCAGCAGCAGAAGAUGAGCCGGCACGGCGAGCCACCGGCCCCGUGGAAGGAAGAGACACUGGAGCCAAGGAGAGGCCGGGAGGAAGUUUCCACCGAGACAGACGACGGCAGCGACUUCGAAAUCCCCGUCUUGCCUUACGGGCAGCGCCUGGUCAUUGACAUCAAGUCGACAUGGGGGGACCGGCACUAUGUUGGCCUUAACGGAAUAGAAAUAUUCAGUUCCAAGGGGGAGCCCGUGCAGAUCGCCAACAUUCAGGCAGACCCGCCCGACAUCAAUAUUUUGCCAGCCUAUGGGAAGGACCCUCGCGUGGUCAGCAACCUCAUCGACGGGGUGAACAGGACCCAGGACGACAUGCAUGUGUGGCUGGCCCCUUUCACGCUGGGCAAGCCCCACUCCAUCUCCAUAGACUUCGCGCACCCUUGCCAGGUGGCCCUGGUCCGCAUCUGGAACUACAAUAAGUCUCGGAUACAUUCCUUCCGUGGCGUGAAGGACAUCACCAUGCUGUUAGACGCACAGUGCAUCUUUAAAGGAGAAAUCGCCAAGGCCUCGGGGACCCUGACAGGAGCCCCAGAGCACUUUGGAGACACCAUCUUAUUCACAACCGACGAUGACAUCCUGGAGGCCAUAUUCUGUUCCGAUGAGACAUUUGACAUGGACGUGCAGGGUCCCUGCGGCCUGCGGAGCGCGGAGACGCUGAGGAGGCCGAGCACCGCCGACAGCGACGGGGAGGAGAGGCCCUACACCCAGGCGGGCUCGUGGGCUGAGGACCGGGUCCCGGAGCUAGAGCCACCACUCAUUCCCCCUGUCCCUGAGGUAACCACACCAGAGCCAGGCAUCUACCAUGGGAUCUGCCUUCAGCUGAAUUUCACCGCCUCCUGGGGGGACCCGCACUACCUGGGGCUCACAGGCCUGGAGGUGGUGGGCAAGGAUGGCCAGGCGCUGCCUGUCAGCCCACACCAGCUCUCUGCCUCCCCCAGGGACCUGAAUGACCUUCCUGAGUACACCGAUGACUGCCGGACCCUGGACAAGUUAGUCGAUGGUGCCAACAUCACCAUGGAGGAUGAGCAUAUGUGGCUGGUCCCCUUCUCCCCGGGCCUGGACCACGUGGUCACGAUCCGCUUCGACAGAGCCGAAAACAUCGCAGGCCUGCGCUUCUGGAACUACAAUAAAUCUCCUGAGGACACCUAUCGCGGGGCCAAGAUCGUCCACGUGUCCCUGGACGGCCUGUGCAUCUCCCCUCCCGAGGGCUUCCUCAUCCGGAAGGGACCAGGCAACUGCCACUUUGAUUUCGCUCAAGAAAUUCUCUUUGUGGAUUACCUCCAGGCUCGACAGCUGCCCCAGCCGGCCCGGAGGCUCAGCACGCAAAGCCAGGAACGGGCAAGCAUGGACUACGAGGCACCCCUGAUGCCCUGCGGCUUCAUCUUUCAGUUCCAGCUCCUGACCAGCUGGGGUGACCCCUAUUACAUCGGUCUCACGGGCCUGGAGCUAUACGAUGAGCGGGGAGAAAAAAUCCCUCUGUCGGAAAAUAAUAUCGCCGCCUUCCCCGACAGCGUGAACUCCCUGGAGGGUGUGUGCGGGGACGUCCGGACGCCUGAUAAGCUCAUCGACCAAGUGAACGACACCAUUGACGGUCGGCACAUGUGGCUGGCUCCCAUCCUGCCCGGCCUGGUGAACCGGGUUUAUGUGAUUUUCGAUCUGCCUACCACCGUGUCAAUGAUCAAACUGUGGAAUUACGCAAAAACGCCCCAUCGAGGGGUGAAGGAGUUUGGUCUCCUGGUGGAUGACUUGCUGGUAUACAACGGGAUCCUGGCCAUGGUGGGCCACCUGGUGGGGGGCAUCCUGCCCACGUGCGAGCCCAAGGUGCCCUAUCACACCAUCCUCUUCACCGACGACGCGGACGUGUGCCGCCAGGAGAAACACACCAUCAUCAGCAACCAGGUGGAGGACCAGGACGUGCAGAUGAUGAAUGAGAACCAAAUCGUUACCAACUCGAAGAAGAAGCAGAGCGCGGUUGACCCAGCACUGCGCCCCAAAACCUGCAUAAGCGAGAAGGAGACGGCGCGACGGUGGAGGUGCUGACUGGCGAAGGAGGGAGAGCCGGGCCCCCCGGCCCGCGCCGGGCUCUGUCAACCGGCCACACCGGGCUCCCCGCCGCCUGCCCCCUGUCCUCAGCCUCGGCAGCCUGGACUCCGGGGCCUGGAAGAGGAAGUCCCGCCGCAAAGGGGACUCGUGUGGCAUGGCCUUCCUCCGCGCCGCUGCUCGGGGGCUCCCUCCCGAGACACGCAGUUCGGGGCCCUCCCGCAGCAAAGCAAGGCCACACGCACUCACGCGUGUCCAGUCUCGGGCCGGACCACGAGGUGGCCGAGGAGGACUUCCACCCAGCGCGCAGUGUGGCUGCCCCGGGCCCGGGGUCAGGCCUCAGACCCAACAUCAACGAGAGGGGGGCCCACCACGCUGAGGUGCCAACAGCUCCCCUCCCCCCACCCCCUGCCUCAUCUGGGGGCUGGCGGAGCUGGCUGGGAGGGCGGGGCAGCUCCCUGGUCCCCCUAGUGUCCACGCUGUGCCCGCCCGCCACGCAGCCAGGCCCACGCGGGAUCCGCGGCGGGACAGCUUCACACCCCAGACGGCUCUGGACGCGGGGCAGGCCACGCCCCUACCCUCGCGCCCCGGAUGCCGCCUCCCCUUCCGCUUGAACUUUGCCUGGAGGAGGGCGGCGGUGGCAUCCUGCGGUCUAACCACCGGCUUCUCACUCGCCUCCCCGCCUCUCGCCCGUGCCAGUGCCCUUGCCUGCGGGCAGGGAGGUGCUUGUUGCCCCCCACCCCCAGCAGCUUCCCCGCAAGUUGGAAAUGUGCCUUGCACCCCCAGCCGAGCGAGGCUCAGAACGUAUCUAUUUCCAUCUAUGUAACAAGCUCGGAUCAGGGACCUAAUUGGUUUCCCAGUGGUGGGUAAUUUCUCGUUCCAAAUAUUAAUCUGUUGUUUUCCUGGCGCCCGGCCCAGCCCGCCGCAGCGCUGUACUCGAAGUACGUUCCUAUGCAACCGCGAGCCCCGGCAAAUACUUUAUGAGCUUUGCAGAGCGGCUAUGCAAAUGCGCUUUUCAUCUGGAGCGCGGGGCCGAUGCGAAGAUAAGGAAUUGUUUCUCCCGGAGAGGAUCCAUCAUUUCUGUAGCUUCUGCGCUUGCCUCCCCGAUGUGGCGGGCGCCCCGAGGCCUGUGGGCUCCCGGAGGAGAGCUGGGGCUCCCGGGCAGUCGGGGGGCUGAUCCCGGCCGGCGCGUAGGGGCCGAAAGCAGGUGCCACGACUCUAGAGGCUGUUACGGCUUCCCGUCCCUACCUGAGGCCGGCCGGUCAGGCUGUCGGGGAGAUUGCUAGAGCUCCGCACACACUGGCUCCCAGAAUCUCCGCUGAUGUUUAUAGUAAUUGUAUGCACCGUGCGAUUUGGGUGGGUGGGGGGGGAGCCAUACAGGCAUUAACUCUAAGA